ACAAAAGAAUAAAGAAAAGGGAAAAGAAGAAAUAAUAAGGUGGAAAGCGACAAAAUGUAGCACACUAGCACUUAGGAACUUGAACCAAAUAAGCAAGUAGUGAUUUGGCUGAGGAAUUUGUGAUGAAGCUCACAUCUAUAUAACAUUGUCCUACUUUUUUCCAUUUGCUUACGAAACUCAAGUGUUAUCGAUCACUUAGUUUCUAUAAGCCCAACUCCUACAAUUCAGCUUCUACUUUUUGUUCAUUCAUUCUUUUAUCCUAAUGAAGUUAUUAAGCUGGGUGAACAACAAGCUCAAUGGGAGACAAAGUAGCAACAAUACAAACAUAUAUGCAACUAAUAGAAAUCAAACAGCACAAAUUGGAGCUGAGAAAGAGGAGUUCAGUGAUUGGCCACAAGGGUUCCUUUCAAUUGGGACUCUCUUUAUAAAACCAAUAAAAGAGGAUAAUAUAAAAGAUGAGCAAAAUGUAAAAUCUCUUCCAUCUCAAAAUCCCAUAUUAGACUUCACAUUAGAAGAGGUUAAAGAGCUUCAAAAGGAGCUAAAUGCAUUAAUGUCCUCAAAUACUCAAUCUUCAACGUCGAUUAAGGAGGAGGAAGAAGAAGAAUCGACGUCGAUUAAGGAGGAGAAAGAAGAAGAAGAAUGGGAUGAUGAUCAUCAACAACAAUUUAGCACAAUUGUGCCAAACAACAAAGCUAAAGAUAAGAUUUACUCGGAAAACUAUGGUAAUAAAGCAAUGGUAAAUAAGAAAUCAUUGUCUUUUCUACUUAAGAAGAUGUUUAUUUGUGGAUCAAUUGAUGGGUUAAGACCAACAUAUAGUCUUAGAUAUCCAACUAAUUCGGGACUUCCUAAGACAAGAUUGAGCAAGAUGUUGAGAGCAUUAAUAAGGAAGAAGAUAUAUCCCCAUAAUUCAUCAUGCCCAACAAUGAAAAGAGGGAAGAAAUACUUGGGAAGUGGACAAAUAGGAAGCAUCAGCAACUAUGAAGAAGAUGAUGAUUUUGACACUCAAGGAAAUAACACUAUCAAAUGGGACAAAACUGAUACUGAAUAUAUUGUACUAGAAAUUUGAGCAUAACUCAAUAUUCAUCUGUUCUAUUAAAUUUGCAAUAUUUGUUUUUUUAAUGUGAGAGUUUUUUAUAACAAGUGUUGCAAAUUCAAUAGAACUGAUCGAUUCUUGUGUAUCUCAUUGAUUUUCAGUACAAAGAAACCAUAUGCCAAAAGACCUAAAGAAUAUGCCAACUAAGGUUUUUUAGUUCCCAUUCUUAUGCUGAGAUGAAAAAUGGUCAUGUCAUCUCCAUUUUGAAGCAUCAUUGACCAUGAAGAUUGUUGUUUAUAUGCUAAGAGCCAAUAAGGUGUUCAUCAACAUUAUUUGUAUUGAAGAUUCCAAUAUUAUGCAAAAUGCAAUCAAUUAUUAUUAUAUUUCUUCCAUGAAACUCUUUACUAGGGCCUUGUCUUUGUCAAUCACAUCACAAAUAUUAAAUUCUAAUGAUUUGUUUUGAUUAUUGAUAUUUGACGGUGGCAAUGAGAAUGAUUAGUA